CUGAGAGGAGAGGGAGCGCAAAGCAAUAGACACAUCCAAUAUUUGUCUCAAACCUGCUACGCCUGGGACGCACGAGCUGUCAUCUGCCGGCGCGGAUUCUGCGUGCACCAGAGCACAGCCUGAUUGGGCUGUGGGACCGAAGGCAAGGGGGAGAGGCGGCGGGGACGGAGUUGGGCUCGCCGCACCGAAAUGUAAACAGUGGGAAGCGAGAGGGAGCCCCACGCCGCCGAGCUCCGGAGAGCGGGCAGCCGGCUCCGGGCUCCCAUGGCUCCGGCAGCGGACCUCGGGCAGUUCUAGCUGUGCCUCGAUGAACAAAAGCGGACCGUUCGGAGGAUCUCCUGCCUGUGGAUAUAAAUAGGGGACAGUCGGGAUGCGCUAGCUUUCUCCGCCGGCGCUGCAGCCUCUCCGUGCUCCGCGCCGCAGCUGGGACAGGGCGAUGGACAUGAACAUGAAGAAGUUCACAGUGCGGCGGUUCUUCUCGGUCUAUCUCCGCAAGAAGUCUCGGUCAAAGAGCUCGAGCCUGAGUAGAUUUGAGGAAGAAGGUAUCGUGAAGGAAAUAGACAUCAGUCAUCAUGUCAAGGAAGGUUUUGAAAAAGCGGAUCCUUCUCAGUUUGAGCUGUUGAAAGUAUUAGGACAAGGUUCAUAUGGAAAGGUAUUUCUAGUUAGGAAGAUAAAAGGAUCUGAUGCAGGCCAGCUUUAUGCCAUGAAGGUACUUAAGAAGGCAACUCUGAAAGUUCGGGAUCGGGUACGGUCUAAAAUGGAGAGAGAUAUCUUGGCAGAAGUGAACCAUCCUUUCAUAGUCAAGCUUCAUUAUGCAUUUCAAACAGAAGGAAAGUUGUACCUAAUACUAGAUUUCCUGCGGGGUGGGGACCUUUUCACCAGACUCUCCAAAGAGGUGAUGUUUACAGAAGAGGAUGUCAAGUUCUACUUAGCUGAGCUGGCCUUGGCAUUAGACCACCUCCAUGGUCUUGGAAUUAUUUACAGRGAUCUGAAACCAGAAAACAUUCUUCUUGAUGAAGAGGGUCACAUUAAGAUAACAGAUUUYGGUCUGAGUAAAGAAGCCAUUGACCAUGACAAGAGAGCCUAUUCGUUCUGYGGGACGAUAGAGUACAUGGCCCCAGAGGUGGUCAACCGGCGAGGACACACRCAAAGUGCCGACUGGUGGUCUUUUGGCGUGCUCAUGUUUGAGAUGCUGACGGGAUCAUUACCCUUCCAGGGAAAAGACAGAAAGGAGACAAUGGCACUCAUUCUCAAAGCCAAGCUGGGAAUGCCGCAGUUCUUGAGCACAGAAGCGCAGAGCCUGCUGCGAGCCCUCUUCAAAAGGAACCCCUCCAACAGAUUGGGUGCUGGAUUUGAUGGAGUGGAAGAAAUUAAACGUCACCCUUUUUUUGUUACUAUUGACUGGAAUAAACUGUACAGGAAAGAAAUCAAGCCGCCUUUCAAGCCCGCAGUGGGGCGGCCAGAAGACACCUUUCAUUUUGAUCCAGAGUUCACAUCUCGGACCCCCACAGAUUCCCCAGGUGUUCCUCCAAGUGCCAACGCUCAUCAUCUUUUCAGAGGGUUCAGCUUUGUUGCCUCUAACUUGGUGCAGGAGCCUGCACAGCAAGAUGUGCACAAAAUCACUGUUCACCCAAUUGUGCAGCAGUUACAUGGGAACAACAUUCAUUUCACUGAUGGAUAUGAGAUCAAGGAGGACAUAGGAAUUGGCUCCUAUUCRGUGUGCAAGAGAUGUGUCCAUAAAGCUACAGAAACAGAGUUUGCAGUGAAGAUAAUUGAUAAGAGCAAGAGAGACCCCUCKGAAGAAAUUGAGAUACUSUUGCGAUAUGGACAGCACCCAAACAUCAUUACUCUUAAAGAUGUCUAUGAUGAUGGGAAAUUCGUGUACCUGGUGAUGGAGCUGAUGCGGGGAGGUGAGCUCCUGGACCGCAUUCUUCGGCAGAAGUGUUUCUCGGAGCGGGAGGCCAGYGCUGUGCUGUGCACCAUCACCAGGACUGUGGACUACCUGCACUCUCAGGGCGUGGUGCACCGAGAUCUCAAGCCAAGUAACAUCCUCUACAUGGAUGAGUCAGGAAACCCAGACUCUAUCAGGAUCUGUGACUUUGGGUUCGCCAAGCAACUGAGAGCGGAGAACGGGCUGCUCAUGACUCCCUGCUACACCGCCAACUUUGUCGCUCCUGAGGUCCUGAAACGCCAAGGUUAUGAUGCCGCCUGUGACAUUUGGAGCYUGGGGAUCCUGCUGUACACCAUGUUGGCAGGAUUCACUCCUUUUGCAAAUGGACCAGAUGACACCCCAGAGGAGAUUCUGGCCAGGAUUGGCAGUGGCAAAUAUGCUCUUACAGGAGGAAACUGGGAUUCAGUGUCUGAUACUGCAAAGGACAUUGUGUCUAAGAUGCUUCAUGUAGACCCUCAUCAGCGCCUCACAGCAGUCCAAGUCCUGAGACAUCCAUGGAUAGUGAACAGGGAGUAUCUGUCUCAAAACCAACUCAGCAGACAGGAUGUUCACCUGGUGAAGGGUGCAAUGGCAGCCACUUACUUUGCUUUAAACCGAGCACCUCAGGCACCAAGGCUGGAGCCUGUAUUGUCCUCCAAUCUGGCUCAGCGGCGAGGCAUGAAAAGACUUACCUCUACCAGAUUGUAGCAGUACCCCCAAAAGGCCUCCUUGAAAACCCACAGCUAAUUAUUUGAGAAAUUCAUCUUUACUUGGCUAGCAGAACUUUUUUGGACAACCUGCACACWAAAUUGCCAGAGCUAGCAGAAGCCCACAUGAGGCAAAGUUCUCAUUUGCUACAUCAUUUCUUUUACAUUCCAGCCAGGGUCCUGAGUUUAACAACUUCACAAAGAUGUGCCAGUAGCUCUGUUUCUUUACUGAAAUAAAGCCAAAUAGAAUAGGUGAGCUUCAUCCUUUCCACCGUAAGGAAACUAUUUUUGAGUCUGUAAGAUGUUCCAUGGGAACAGUUUUAAUUUUGCUUCUCACGAAAAGCACUUUUUGCUAUGAAGAUCGCAGUUGGGUUUGAAUGCUGUUCCAGCACACGUCAUKAUGAAGUGACUUGGCUGGUCACCAGUAGACAUCUACUGAUCUCCACUCACCCCAGGAAGAGUGAAGGCUGCAGAGACACAGGAAUAAUACUUAUKUGAAGCAAGUGCUGUACAACAUGAGGGAGAGAGAGCUGGUGGUGGUGGAAAUAACUUCUAUUUUUGAGGAAUCUUUUGCACUUUGCCCCUGCCUUCUCUGGAAUGAAGCUAGCACCUCUCAAGGAGAGUGUGCCACCAGCCCUAACUUGCUCAAAAGUCUCAGAGAGCAGAAAACCUAUGAGAAACUCGGUCUUCUGAGGAAAAGAAUGGGUCUUAUGAGACUGUGGGAAGGCAUUAAUGUAAAGCAGUGUUGAGUGAGAGCCUGUGGAUCAGGCAAGAGGAAGGUGUCUGGUCUUGGCCAGCAAGCAGGUCUGGGAGGAUCAGCUGAGGGGGGCUGGGGAACCGAAGAAGAGGCAAGGAAAAGUGUGGGUGACUUUGAGGACAUGGCAGCAGGGUGGAGAGCACUGUCAAAGGCAACCAGAGUGCAGGUGGCUGAGGGGCAAACUGGGACUGCCUCUCAAAGCAGGGACAGUCUCUCUUGAGCGACUGGUGCAGAAGAGGUGGCCAGGCUGCCCAGGGGCUGAGGGGGUCGAUGCAGCCAUCACUUCCACAUCCACUGCUCACCAAGAGCAGUUCUGGCAGGCCAGAGUGCCACCCUGGAGCAACAGGGGUCAUUUCCAGUUACUGCUCCCUGCCCUUCCCUGGCUGUUCACCCAAAUCUGCCUCCAUCACCCAACAUUUCAUGUCCCUGCCUGGGUGUUCUGCUUUAGCAGAGYUAAAUUCUCCAUGCCAUGUGUGUGCAGCGAGUACCCACCUCUGAAGAGUUCAGCCAACUCUGUUACAAGCUUUAAUAAUAAUAAAUUAUGAGGAGAAACAGGAGGAUGCUCUGCUUUUAUAUUUAUAUGAAUAUGUACAUGUGUAUUUAUAUACAUAUAAAACAAAAAUUGUGUGUCCUAAUACCUGGAUUUUCCAGGUSCAGGGAAAGAAAACUUUUGUUGAAAUGAUCUCUGCAAAAUGGACUUUUUUCUCGUGUCCUGGUUUCAGAGAAAGCAAGCAAGGUUUGUGGUGCUGGAUGUGAACUAUUUUUUUAUUCUUUUUCUUACCCAUCUUGGCUUAUGGUGGUCACAAGCUGACUGGGAUUCUUCUUUGUACUGCUUUUAAUUUUUAUUUUCUGAGUGAAUUUUGUCACUUCAGAUGCUUUGUGGGAAAAGCUACUGUGCUGUGUUGGCUUUUGUCUGUUGUGACAGGGAAGAAAAAAAAAAGCAAAAUGUGAACAUGGAGCUUUAUAUGCUAGACAUGGUAAUUUUUGCUUGCUGGGUAGUUUGAGCAUCUUGAUGCUGAACUAGAAUUACUAGCUCACUCCUCAAAGUGUCCAAGGGGUUUCAUUUGCUAUAGUUAUAUUCUUCCUAAAACUAGCUCUGCUUCAAUGUUGACUGAAGUUUGUUUGCAUUAGUUUAUUUUUAAAUUUAAAUUUAUUCUUAAUAAUUUAAACUGAUAUUUAAUGUUCAAGUUUAUGUGCUGUGCACAGAGGAUCGCUGCAAAGCAGCUCUCCUUGAAGCCCUUCUCUUUUCUAAAAUAAACAACGCUGUGAAAACUUCACCCAGAGGCUGAGUCGGCUGGGACCGAUGCGUGCAAACGUGCAGGUGGGUGUCUCUGGUCGUGUUCACAGCRGCCCACUUUCUCUCCUCUGCCUAAACUGUGCUCAGUGUCAGCUUUAUGCUGCCUUUAGAAUUUUCUGCUUGUUAGAAGUUAAGUCUCACAUGUUUCCCCUAACAGCACGCUGUGGGGAUAUCCACUGGUAGGGAUAUUCUGGCUGGUGCUGAAUAGCUCUGGCCAGACCUUGUUUUCCUCCAAGYCUUCUGUCCUGGAAGAAGGCAAGGUGGGCAUAAGGAUGUAAAGGGCAACCUGGAGGGAGGGCUGGAUUUUCUGGGGUCCCAGCUGGUAUGUGCUGUUUUAACAAAGUAUAUUUUUAAUGGUCAGAGUAAUUGUGUGGUAUUGUAUAUGGGCAGAAAGAGUGUUACUAGUAUUAGGUAUGAUUUUGUCUCCCUCUGAGACAAAAUGGUUAUCUCCCUGGUUAUCUGGCAUUGCUUCAGUUCUCUUUCUCUCAUAACCAUUGGAAAAAGUCUAAUUCCUUCUAGAUAUAAUGUCUUAAUUCUUUGAGCAWUUUUUAACUGAAUAUUGUUGUAGGCCAAGCUUACAGGAUGUUGCUCUUCCCAAAGUUUAAUGAUUUUAAUGUCUUGUUGAUUUACCUCUAACCCAACUGUUAACAUAGACACAUGUGGACUGAAACAUCUUAAUGCUCAUUAAUUACUUUAUAAGCCUAUAUAUAAGGAACUAUAAGCCCAUACAUAUCAUGGGCUUUGUUUAAGGUUUUGUUGCCAAUGCAUCCAGAUGUGUGCACAUGUGUCUAUAUGUAAACACAUUCACAAAAAAAAUGCUGUCCCAACUUGUAGAAYGAGGACAGAAGUGUAGUCAGUGGCUGAGGUGAUACUUGGAGAAUUUUGUCCGCAGUGUUUGAAAUUCAUCAUAGAUGGUGGUAGUGAUUACUCCAGGUGUAGAAGAAAGGCUGUGCCCAUCCGUGGAAGAAAUUGUCCCAUCCAGCCUCCCCUCUGUCCCAGAUGUGCAUCCCCACACACUUCCAAAGGAAGAUCAGUCUCCCCUCUGCAGCCUGGCCAUGGGAGGUGCUCUUCUGAAGGUUUUCUGACCUGUUCCAAUCCAGUGAACCCAAUUAAACCAUUCCCACUGUCAGUCUUGCUGAUCGAGCUCACUUGGACUGAAAUACAAAAUCCAGGGGAGGCAGAAACAGAGGAACAAGCCAUUGUCAGUCAUUAUUUCAGACUGAUGGCAGCCACCACUUCCCCUGGCCCAGCUGGAUCCAGGAGGGAUCAUAGGCUGUGGCCUGAUUAUUGCAAUGGCUGCUUUGAUACCAGCAACUCCUUUCUGUACUCCUGGCCACGGUGUAGCUCAGCAAUAAGCACUUUUUUUCCCUAGGAGAAAACUGAAAAAGGCUUAGCCUCUCUCUCCUUAAAUCACAUUAAGAGACUUUUAGUAAAUGUUAUGUUUAACUCCUGAAAGUCUAAAAAUCUCUUUGAAUUAGAACAUACUACCUUGCAAGUUUUUAGUCCAUAAAGUCACCUAGUGCCUUAGGCUAUUACAAAUAGUUACAUUUUGGUGCAAGGUGCACGAUGCAAUGACUGUCCAAGGCAUACCACAGUGUACCUAUCACAGACAUAGUCAGCUCAUCUGGAGACCCACUUCAAAACCACAGUCACAGAAUGGUUGGGGUUGGAAGGGAGGCCUCUGGAGGCCAUCUAGYCCAGCCCCCCUGCUAAGGCAAGUUCACUUAGAGCAGGUUACACAAGAUAACACCCAUGCAGAUUUUGUUGUUCAGCUCAGUAGAGAAGUGACUGCCCCACAUUUUUCAGAGCUGGACCCUACCUCUGCAGSUCCAUGACUCUGAAGAAGCCAAAUGGCCCUGAUGAAGAAUAUUAUGGGAAACAUUACCCCGGUUCCUACAAAACACCACAGCUUGUGUAUAUGGCAGAGGUGUGGGAGAUGCUGCUUAAAGGGAGAGCUGACUCCUACCCGAGCCCCUUAUGAAUUUUCAUGUKUUUAAAAUUAGUUUAAUUUUUUCUAAGCAAGUUUUAACAGCAGAUAGCAUUUAUAAAUCCUGACUAUUUCAGCAAAUGACAAGUGACCGUCACAGACAUGUUGUAAUUAAUCUCUACAUUUGAAAAAGAAGUCGAUCUGAGAGCAGAUUCUGGUUUCAUUCUCCAGAAAAUAAUCUUCUUCAGCUUCCUGAGAGCUGGGGAUGGCCCAAGCACAGAGAGCUGAGUGAAGCAUGUCAUGACAUCACGUGUCACACUCUCACAAAGUGCAAGUUCUAUGUCCCUGUGCUUCACAUAACCCUGGGUGUAAUACUGGGCUUUCUUUUCAGCCAGACUCUUUCAGCUCUCUCUAACAACUUGAGCCCCGCUCUGGUACCUCUGAAUACAUMCAAACCUUGGUAAAGCAAUUGCUGUGUGUCUGUGAUAUGAAUUAUGAGCAUCCCCUAAGCCAUGGAUGGCACAAAGGUUUCCUGUGCUGCUGGCCUACUCUACUUAAGCCAGCACAUGCAAGUGCUGACACUAAAAAUGGCAGGCAGUCACUUUCUCUUCACUUCAGCUGCUCAUCUGUCCCUCACACCUCCUGGGACAAAGCAAAGGUUUGUGCGUCAGAACAAAUGGCUGGGGACAGCAGGAAAGCAACAGAGUCAGCUUAGUCAACAGUGYUGUCAACACAUUGGAGUGGCUGCAAGUUCAGUGUCACCUCUGUCCCUCUUUUCCUGAGCAGAACCCAGGUGUGGCUCAGAGUCAGGGCUAUAAAUGGUGUGAUGUUCGUACAACAGCACUUCCCAGUGCCAAGCCCUGUGCACAGAGGGAGGACAAGUCCAGGCUUCUGAAAAUUUGCCACAAGUUC